AUGCAGAAAUCUGAUGAGACGGCCAGCUUACUGACCUCGGAUACUCAGUCUGUGACGUCGUAUGGUGGCACUAGUAAUGCACCAAGCGCCGACGACACUCUUGAUGCUGUGGAUCCGAUCACCCUCUCGUGGAGGGAUCUACGGGUAUCUGUUGCUGGAAAAGGACGUGAACUGCUUCAAGGAGUUAGCGGUAUAGCCAGACCUGGGGAGCUACUAGCUCUCAUGGGAGCAAGUGGUGCUGGUAAAACGACGUUACUCAACACGUUUCUUCAUCGGAAUCUCAAAGGGCUUCAUGUAGAGGGACGUGUAGAAAUCAACGGCAACGCGAUUGGCCGUGGGAUAACAGGCCAUAUCGGGAUAUGCCCAGCAAGAGGAAAUGCACGGCUUCGGACAAAUCUGUCGCAGGAAAGGCGAGAAAAGCGUGUCAAUGUGAUCUUGGCUCAGCUUGGGCUGACAAAAUGCCAGAAUAACCGGAUCGGUGUUGCAGGCGUUCGGAAGGGCAUUUCGGGAGGUGAAGCACGUCGUUUGACCUUCGCAUGUGAGCUGCUUUCAAAUCCAGGGAUUCUGUUCUGUGAUGAGCCAACCACAGGACUGGACUCAUUUAUGGCCGAGCAUGUCGUCGUGACCAUAGUGUGCACGAUACAUCAGCCUGCAUCGCAAUUGUUCCUGAUGUUUGAUCGAGUGAUUUUU